CAUCUCCUCACUUGCUCAUCACUUGCUCCCACUCAAGUUCGUUUGCUGAGUUAGACUCCAUUGAUCCAUCACCAUGACAUCUUCUUCGUCCACUCGGAUCAACUACUCCUCAGGCGCUACUCUGUAUUCCGGAGGAGGAAUGGGUGGUGGCAGGAGAGCUGCGAGUGUUCACGGAGGCGCUGGUUCACGCAGUGUACGUGUCUCCAGUGGCCCCGCACUCCUUGGCUCUGCAGCUGGAGUUGGCUUUGGGGCAGGUGGUUAUGGUGCAGGUGGCGGGUUUGGUGCAGGUGGCGGGUUUGGUGCAGGUGGCGGGUUUGGUGCAGGUUCCGGGUUUGGUGGAGGCUUUGGCGGAGCCGGCAGCGGUUUCAACCUUGGGGAUGCUGUGGAUGUCUCAGCCAAUGAGAAGAUGACGAUGCAGAACCUGAACGAGCGUCUGGCCUCCUACCUGGAGAAGGUGCGCUUGCUGGAGAAGGCCAACGCUGAACUGGAGCUCAAGAUCCGCCAGUUCCUUGAGGGCAAGACUUCACCCCAGGCCAGAGACUACUCCCACUACUUCGCCACCAUCAGUGACCUGCAGGACAAGAUCCAGGAUGCCACACGUGUCAAUGGAGGCAUUUAUCUUAGCAUCGACAACGCCAAGCUCGCUGCUGACGACUUCAGAGUCAAGUAUGAGAACGAGCUGGCCAUGAGGCAGUCUGUGGAGGCUGACAUCGCCGGGCUGAGGAGAGUUCUGGACGAAAUGACGAUGGCCAGAUCAGAUCUGGAGAUGCAGAUUGAGGGUCUGAAGGAAGAGCUGAUCUUCCUCAAGAAGAACCAUGAGGAGGACCUCAUCGCUGCACGCUCUCAGAUGAGUGGUCAAGUGCACGUGGAAGUCGACGCCAAACCACAGGAAGACCUCAACAAAAUCCUGGCCGAAAUCCGCGAGCACUAUGAAGCCGUCGCUGCUAAAAACCGCAAAGAACUUGAUGCUUGGUUCCAGGCCAAGAGCGAGACACUGAAUAAAGAAGUCAGCGCCAGCACAGAAACGCUCCAGACCAACAGAUCAGAGGUCACAGAGCUGAAGCGCACACUGCAGGGGCUGGAGAUUGAGCUGCAGUCACAACUCAGCAUGAAAGCGUCACUGGAAAACACAUUAGCAGAUACACAGGCUCGCUACGCAGCUAAACUAGCAGGCUACCAGCAGCAGGUGCUGAGUCUGGAGGAGCAGCUGAUGCAGCUUCGUGCCGAUCUGGAGCGUCAGUCUCAGGAGUACCAGGUGCUGCUGGACAUCAAGACCAGACUGGAGAUGGAGAUCAAAGAGUACAGAAGAUUGCUGGAUGGAGAAAUUUCAGGAAGUACCUCCAGCACCGACACCAGCACCAGCAGCAGCGCCAGCUCCAAAAAAACGCGCCAUGUGGUGACAGUGGUGGAGGAGGUGGUGGACGGCAAAGUCGUGAGUUCCACUUCCAAAUCCAUCGCCGAGAAACUGUGAGGAAACAUCACAGAUCAGAUCAGAAGUAGAUGAACAUGAACGUCCUCCAAGAAAAGCUGUGUUAUGACAACAAAACAUCAAUAAAGUGUUCGGAAUCUUAAA